AUGGCGACCGUGCAACAGGCAGCGCCACGGCGCCAGCAGCAUUCCGGCUCCCAGCAGCAGCAGACCAAUCCGAAAGUCGGCUCUGCAGCUGGUUUGGAUCUUUCCCGAGACCAGGAGCUCCUGAUGUGGCAGCAGGACUCUUACCUGGCACCGAACCCAGGCACAGAUUCUGGAGUGGCGAGUGCGGGACCCGUAUCCUGCGUCGGACCACUGGACGAUGACAUGUUAUUCGACUGGGAUCACAGUUCGACUGCAGGAAGGAAUUUCGGAAGCCACAUGAGUGGAGACCAAAUCGUGGAGGAGGUCGGCCAACAGCUCAGUCAGACGAGAUCGCAGAGGGUUCGAGCGGCGAUGUUUCCCGAAACCGUGGAUGAGGGUCUCGAUAUCCCAUCGACACAGUACGACCCCAAUCAGCCAACCACGGUGCAACGGCUUUCGGAGCCGUCUCAGAUGCUACGGCACGCCGUUGUAAAUCUGAUCAAUUAUCAGGACGAUGCAGACCUAGCAACGCGAGCUAUUCCAGAGCUAAUAAAACUGCUCAAUGACGAGGAUCAAGUGGUGGUCGGGCAUGCGGCAGUCAUGGUUCACCAGCUCUCGAGGAAAGAAGCCUCCCGGCACGCCAUCAUGAACUCUUCGCAAAUGGUGGCGGCUCUCCUGAAGGCCAUGACAACCUCGAACGACUUGGAAACCACGCGCAAUGCAGCCGGAACGCUCCAUAACUUGUCACAACACCAGCAGGGUUUAUUGGCCAUAUUUAAAUCUGGAGGCAUAUCGGCGCUGAUCAAAAUGCUCUCAUCACCGGUGGAAAGUGUGCUGUUUUACGCAAUCACUACUCUCCACAACUUAUUGAUGCACCAGGACGGCUCGAAGAUGGCGGUCCGACUCGCUGGAGGGUUACAGAAAAUGGUCUCCCUGCUGCAGAGAAAUAACGUCAAGUUUCUGGCGAUUGUCACCGACUGCUUGCAGAUUUUGGCUUAUGGUAAUCAGGAGUCAAAACUGGUUAUUCUCGCAUCGGGGGGACCCGCGGAGCUGGUUCGAAUCCUGCGAAUAUAUUCGUACGAAAAACUUCUGUUGGCCACCACAAGAGUUCUCAAGGUGCUAUCCGUGUGCUGCUCGAACAAACCAGCUAUCGUUGAAGCUGGCGGUGUGCAGGCACUGGCUCAGCAUCUGAACAACUCGUCUGAGCGUUUGGUCCUCAAUUGCCUGUGGACGCUCCGGAAUCUGUCCGAUGCUGCCACGCGUCAGGACAAUCUCGAGGAACUUCUCCGGAACCUCGUUUCGCUGCUCUCAUCUCAGGACAUGAACGUGGUCACAUGCGCUGCCGGCAUCCUGUCGAACCUGACUUGCAACAACCAGCGGAACAAAUCCAUCGUCUGUCGGGUCGGCGGCUGCGAAGCGCUUGUGACCACGGUGAUCCAAGCGGGCGACCGCGAAGAAGUCACCGAACCUGCGGUCUGCGCUCUUCGGCAUCUCACCUCUCGCCAUUCGGAGUCUGAAGUUGCGCAACAAGCGAUUCGCAGAACGUACGGCCUACAAGUUAUCGUCAAACUCCUCCAUCCGCCGUCAAGAUGGCCGCUAAUCAAAGCAGUCAUUGGACUGUUGCGGAACCUGGCGCUUCAUCCCGAUAAUCACGCCCCGCUUCGAGACCACGGGGCUAUCCAGAGGUUCGCGCAGAUUCUCCACGACGCUUUCGGAGACAUGACGGCAAACAGAGCGAACGGGGGUUGCGGUCCCGUUAUCGACGGCGUUGCGAUGGAAGAAAUAGUGGAAGGCACCGUCGGAGCCUUACACAUUCUCUCGAAAGAGGCUCAUAAUCGCGCUCUGAUUCGAUCAUUGAACGUAAUUCCGGUUUUCGUCCAACUUCUCUACUCGGAGGUCGAGAAUCUACAACGAGUUGCAGCAGGCGUCCUCUGCGAGCUGGCCGGUGACCGCGAAGGAGCCGACCAAAUCGAAGCAGACGGGGCAACGGGACCUCUGACAGAACUUUUGAGAUCUGGGAAUGAGGCGGUCGCUACAUAUGCCGCGGCAGUGCUAUUUCGUAUGUCCGACGAUAAAUCGCAAGACUACAAGAAACGACUGUCUAUGGAGCUCAAUGCCGGCCUGACGCGACCAGGGGACCGUGCGACGCCGCAGUCUGGCCACGGGGACCAGAUGGAUCUCGGCUUUGAUGCCGACCUCUACAAUACGGCAAUGUACCCCGUUCCGCCUCAAGGGGCUCCUGGAGGUCCUCGGCCUCUCCCAAGCCACAACAACAACAACAAUUACGCGACCCACGGUACUGGACAGGAAGUAAAACUCGACAUCGCUCAAAGCGGAACUCUCAGCCCGGUCGCGAACUACAGCAAUUCGAUGCAUGCUGACGCGAUGGAAGCCGAAUCCGAUUACGAUAACCCUUUGUCUGCGGUGAACAUGAAUACUGAUACCAUGAAUCCGGAUUGGUACACCAGUGAUUUGUAGAUAUUCCAUUCCAUGCAGGAGAGAUCAACGAAUGACAAAUCCUUCUAAAGAACGAGAUGACUGCGAUACUUGAGAUAAGAAAUGUUCAGACAAGAAUGACUCGGGAUCGUUUGAUUGCAAUGAUUAAUUUAUUCAGUGACAAGACUACGUACAUAAAGAAGGCUCGAGUUGCAGUAUUGUGCUCAAGCGGUUCCUAUCCUGCAUUUAACGAGCCGUGGAGACAAUCCCACCCCUUAUGACAUGACUCAUAUAUAAAUUUGUACCUCAAAUAAAACGCCAUC